AGACUCCCUCACAAGGUUGGGCAGGCUGCACCAGAGCUCCAACUCCAGUUCCAGGCCGGUUCUGACACCACGGACAGCGGCCGGGCUUCAGUACCACGGACAGCGCGCCACCCCACCCUCGCAUUCCCCAGAGGGCGGCGGAGCUGAGAGCUAGCCUAGGGGGAGCAAGGUAAGCUAUGCGGGCGGGAUGCCCCAGCUCCCGCUCCCCAUGGCGCUGCUCCUCUGCUUUGGCCUCCUUGGGCUGUUUCCAGGGGUCCUGGCCACAGACACAGAGGAACGGUUGGUGGAACAUCUUCUGGACCCUGCCCGCUACAACAAGCUCAUUCGCCCAGCUACCAAUGGCUCAGAGCUGGUGACAGUACAGCUUACAGUAUCUCUAGCCCAGCUCAUUAGUGUGCAUGAGCGGGAGCAGAUCAUGACCACCAAUGUCUGGCUGACCCAGGAAUGGGAAGAUUAUCGGCUCACCUGGAAACCAGAAGAGUUCGACAAUAUGAAGAAAGUGCGACUCCCUUCCAAACACAUUUGGCUUCCAGAUGUUGUUCUCUACAACAAUGCUGAUGGGGUUUAUGAAGUCUCCUUCUACUCAAACGCUGUGGUCUCCUAUGAUGGUAGCAUCUUCUGGCUUCCACCCGCUAUCUACAAGAGUGCCUGCAAGAUUGAGGUCAAGCAUUUUCCCUUUGACCAGCAGAAUUGCACCAUGAAGUUCCGUUCCUGGACUUAUGAUCGAACAGAGAUUGACUUGGUCCUGAAGAGUGAAGUUGCCAACUUGGAUGAUUUUACACCCAGCGGGGAAUGGGACAUCGUAGCUUUGCCUGGCCGGCGGAACGAGAAUCCUGAUGACUCCACUUACGUGGACAUUACCUACGAUUUCAUCAUCCGCCGCAAACCUCUCUUCUAUACCAUCAACCUCAUCAUCCCCUGCAUUCUCAUCACCUCCUUGGCCAUCCUGGUCUUCUACCUGCCCUCAGAUUGUGGGGAGAAGAUGACGCUUUGCAUCUCAGUCCUGCUGGCUCUCACCGUCUUCCUCCUGCUCAUCUCCAAGAUCGUCCCACCCACCUCGCUGGACGUGCCGCUGGUCGGCAAGUACCUCAUGUUCACCAUGGUCUUGGUGACUUUCUCCAUCGUCACCAGUGUCUGCGUCCUCAACGUGCACCACCGCUCCCCCACCACCCACACCAUGGCCCCCUGGGUCAAGGUCGUGUUUCUGGAGAAGCUGCCCACCGUCCUCUUCAUGAAGCAGCCGCGCCACAACUGUGCCCGCCAGCGGCUGCGCCAACGACGACGGCAGCGCGAGCAGGAAGGUGGCGGCGUUGGCGGAGGAAUCUUCUUCCGAGAUGCGCCGGGGACCAACUCCUGUACUUGCUUUGUCAACCAGGCCUCGGUCAAGGAGUUCGGUGGAGUUUUUGGGGCCGAGUCAGCCGAGUCGGCUCAUGGCUACCGAGGGCGAGCGGGCCCUGUUGGGCCGUGCGGCUGUGGGCUCAAGGAGGCAGCGGACGGUGUGCGCUUCAUCGCCGAUCACAUGAGGAGCGAGGAUGAUGAUCAAAGCGUGAGUGAAGACUGGAAGUAUGUUGCUAUGGUGAUUGACCGCCUGUUCCUCUGGAUCUUUGUUUUUGUCUGUAUCUUUGGCACCAUUGGCAUGUUCCUGCAGCCGCUUUUCCAGAACUACGCGACCAACACGUUCCUCCAUCUGGCCCAUCCAGCUUCCAGCUCCAAGUGAGAUCACUGCCCCUCCCACCCCCAAACCUAGAGCGCCUGGGCCGUCCAUGCAGAGGGCCCACAGUGGCCGUGGUGGUGUGGCUGGCUUCCAAGGAGGAGGAGCAAGGAGCUUCCUCCCAGACUGCUUCCUCCUCUUCCUCCUCGACUUGACCUCUGAGCCACUUACGCACUGGGCUGGUUUGUGCCUCUCCUUCAGUCUCCCCAACCUUUGGUGUCUGUGAGGCCUUGAAAGCAGCUAGUGGUAGGGAAUGGCAGCUGAGACAGAAGGGAGCAGAGAUGGCAGGAGGGGGAUGGACUGAAACCAGAACUCUCCUUGGGAGUCCGAAAGGCAAGGAAAUGAAGGAUUUGAGUGGGAGAGAAGGGGCCUCAUUCUCCUUACCAAAAUAAACUGUCUCCAGAGGACCUGAAAAGGCAGGGGGAGGGUGCUCUGAAGGGGAGAAAGAAGAUGGAAGUGUAUGGAAACAAGCAGGCUUUUCUGGUUCUUGGUUAGGUUGACCAAAUGAUAGGUAGCUUAUGAGAGUGGGCCUGGGAGCCAUGUUUUCAGAGAGCAAACUUUUUGGCCACAAGGGGUUGCAGACUGGUCAGUGGCUCUCACACACCUCUGUGUGCCCUUAGCCUGAUACCCAAAGUUCCUGCUGGACUGAUUUUUGACCAUCUCCUGCUCCCCAGGUUCCUUUGGGAGACAGUUUCUGGCACUGUCCCUCUUUGUUUUCUGGGCCCUCUCAGGCCUGGGAUGACAGAAACACUGGCCCUACCUUCUGGCUUAGAGGAUUGUUGCAUAUCCCUACUUCACCACUUCAGUCAUUGUCAUAUACUUUCCCCUUAAGGUAAAGAGUAUGAGGGGAUGAGUUGGUGUCAGGAUGGAUUGAUCUUACAAAGGCAAUCUGGGGCCAUUUCUAGAAUUCCAGGAUCCCAAUAGAACAGUAAUGGGAAAUGUUGGAGAUGUGGCAAAAAGAUAGAAUUCCGGGAUCCUAGGAGUGCUUUAAGCACUGUGACUGCUUCCUCAACUGAAAUAGUACAGAAAGUACAAGCGCAGUUCAUCUCACAAACUUCUGGGAGACCACAUUGAGUCUUUUGACUGAAAUAAUCAAAUUUCUUGGUUCUCUUCGCCUGUGUAGCCCUAGUUUUGCCAUGCCGUUGAGGACCUGAGAGCAGAGAACAGGCCAGGAGAGCAGGACCUGUUCAUUUCUUCCUCUAGUCCAGCUGCCAUCACUCCUAUCUAAAGCUGACCUCAUUUCUGGUGUAGAUGGCUGUGGGUAGUUCUGCUGCCUCCUGGGAGGGGAAGUCUGCUGAUUCCAGCACUCUCUUCUCUCUCCCUUUGAACCUGGCCUCCCACUUUGCAGUUGACCCGAUUGCUGUCUGCAUCUGCUCUGGCCUUUUUAUAGCUCAGUUGGGUGGAGGCCAGAAUAGCAUUGGAAGGCCAUUACCCUAGGUAACCCAAUACCUUCCCUCCUCCAUUUUGGCCCGAAGAUAAUUUUGGUUUGCAUGCUUUAGCCGGGGCUCACUCUGUGGUCUGCAGGGGGCUGGCAACAGUGGCUGUCAGUGCCCCCUGCACCCAGUGAGAUGGGCUCUGGCAGCUUCUGUUUCUGGAGGGUUAGAGGUGAAGGGAUGAGGCAGAGAUCAGAAUGGACCGAGAAGAGAUCACUGGCCCAGGAAACGCCCUUCCUCCUGCCCCCCCCCCCAACUACCGCUCAAGAAAAAAGGGUUCUGUUGGGAGGACAAGAUAAGAGAUGAAUGACAGGUCACCCACAAUUCCCUCUUUCAUGAAUUAGUCCCAGAUUUCCACAGGCCUAGGCUGGCUCCCUUUGCCAGUACCCUACCAUUCUAUUCGGAGAUGCAGGCAAAGCAAAGAAAGACAAAGUCCCAGGGUACAUUUCCAAAUAGAAAUGACCACCGCGGGGCUCCGUCAACAGCACAGCCGGGCUAGGGACAAACUCGGGGCCAUGUGAUAACAGCGUGGGCGGCCCCUUUCCCCUUCCCUGCGGCAGCUGCCGGACAGACCACACACUGGCCAAUCAGCUUUUCCUUUUGCCCGCUCCUCGCCCCACCCUCUCUCCGGAGUGAGGCUGCUAAAUCCGCGAGGCCUUGCCCUCUAGCGAAUUCAUGCUGUCACUGCACCCGCCCGCUGCCCCUGUCUGGCGAGGCCAGAACAAAGCGGGAGCUCUCCGGGCCUGAAAGGACCCAGACUCCCAGCGUUCUCAUUUCACCAAUGAGGGCAGAUGCUAGGAAGGGUGACCGGACCCUCGAAGGGUACCGAUUUGUUCGUUUUUGAUCAAAGUAUCCCUGGUCCCUAGUAAACGUAUUGCGUAUCGUAGGUGCUUAAUAAAACGGUCAAGGCCCAUUGGCGGGGUGGGGGAUGGGGGGACGGGGAACAUCAGCUUGGUAGGUAGAGUAGGCAGACUAGGCGGCCUGGGGGAAUUGGAGAGGGGGGCGGGGGCUCCCAGCUCAGGCACUCAAAGCCAGUUUAUUGGCUAAGUAAGAAAGUUGGACUAGAUGGGAGCCCUUUGCCUUUGUAUUCAGAACCCCUCCUUCUGUAGGUCUUAAAGCAGAUGAACCCCCUUUCAGGACGGAAAUGGUACUUUUCAGUUAGGUCAGCGAAGAUUGGAGGUUAGGCAGGCUCAAAGCUCAGCUUUGGAGGCACCUGAGAGGGAGGGCUGGACCCUAUGGAACUAUUGAACAAGCAAGAUUACAAGAGGUCACAGGAGUCAAAAUCCCUUUUUUAGGGCUUGCCUAGGUUUCUAGAACUGCUGUCUUCUAUCUCUAUGCCCUCUUGUUCCUUUUGGAGUUAUUUUAAUCCUUUCCAAAUGACUUUUCUAUACCCUGAGAUUAUCCUGGGGGAUGAUGGGGGUCAGAACACAGGACCAGAAAGGAAAACUCAAGAGCUGCAGUGACCCCACUCAAACAAAAAAGGAGGGCAUCAGUUUAAGGUGGCCUAGCAUGGAAGGGCUCUCAUUGUUGAUGAAGAAUAAAAGCUAUUAACCGCAGGAAGUAGAAAGGUGUCAGGAAUCCUACAGAUGGUAGGGGGAGGGGGGGGAACACUAGAUAAAGGAUGGUUACAUAUUGCAAGCUGGCUAAGAUCCCCUCAUCACAAUCCUGAGGAUCCAUGCAGUGGUGCUGAGCCCUGCUUUAAAAAAAGGCAAAAAAAAAAUCUCCCAGUCUAUUAACUGCCACUGCCUCAGCCCAGCCAAGGAAAGAAAUGGGAAACACUGGCUUUACUCAGAAAUUUGAUCAGUUUUUGGAUUAGGCGGCCUGAGGCCCCGUAUUGUGUUAUGAUCCCUUCAUAAAAAGGUUGUUUCCUGUGCACAUUUAUAUUCGCGCACACACACACAUACACACAUGCAGAGUGCCUGAGGGAGUGCAGGCCUGGGGAGCUGGACCUCCUUUAUUUUCCACUUUGAUGGUCACCCUUGUCUUUCCAGUCUUUAAAACUCACUGUCUCUACCUGUUUCAGUCUGCUACAGGGAUUCAAGAUUUUGAAGAAGAUUCUCCUUCCAAAGGAGUCUCAUCUUGGUUUUGACAUGUAUAAUAAAAAACACUACUCAGAGUUGUGAUCAAAUUUUUCCUCAAGUUUUCAGACAGAGGGCCAUAGAAUUAGACCAGCUAUCACUAAUAAACAAAGAUUGUGGGAGCCUAAAA